AUGGCAGCUAAUUUCUCGGAAAGGCAACACUGCCCCGCCCAAUUGGAAAAGCAAAGAGGUAAGACGAGGCACGGCCGCAAACCCACCUCUGGGCUUCGCCACUGCUUCCCAUCGCUCUUGCCCCUCACCUGCACCGGGUCUCUCUUCCCUCUUUGGGUUCACCCUUUAACCCCCUCCUUGCUCCCAAUUUCCGAAGCAGGAAAGAAACCCGCUUGUCGCAACAAUGGUGUCCCGUAUCAGCGCGGCCGCCGCCCUCCUGGGCGCCUACAUCUCCGCCGUCUCGGCCCAGACCUACCAGCGUCUCGGCGCGUGCCCGGACCUGGGCUGCGUGUUCCCCCGGACCAGUCCGACUUCCUCCCCGGCCAGUACUUUGACCUGCGCGUCGAGGUCCACGCGCCCGUCAACGGCACCGAGGCCUUCAACAACGGCGUGCCCGACGAGGAGUUUUCCGUCACCAUCACCAAGAAGGGCGGCAGCGCGCAAAGCCUCAUCAACGUCGCGUCCAAGAUUUACAGGCGUAUUCGCCUCAGCGACCCCGGCGAGUACGAGGUUUCGCUCUCGUACUACGGUGACAAGACGACUGUCGCCAACUGGGUCGUUCGCCCUACUUCCCACAGGAAGAAGGCCAAGAACGUCAUCUUUUUCAUCGGUGACGGCAUGACCACCAACAUGAUUACCGCCGCCCGUCUCCUCGGACACAGGAGCAUCAACGGCAAGUACCAAUCGCUCAUGCAGCUCGACAAGUUCCCCGUUCUGGGUCACCAGAUGACCCACUCCAUCGACUCGUACAUAACCGACUCGGCCAACUCUGCCGCUGCCCUCUACAGCGGCCACAAGGGAACCGUCAACGCCAUGGGUGUUUACGUUGAUUCUUCGCCCGACCCAUUCGAUGACCCCAAGGUCGAGACCAUUACCGAAAUCCUCGGCCGCAUCUGGGGCUCCGUCUGGGGCGCGGUAACCACCGCCACCAUCUCCGACGCCACCCCCGCCGCCCUCACCGCUCACACCCGCCAGCGCGGCCUCUACGGCCCCAUCGUCGAGCAGGCCCUCAACGGCAUCACCAACUACACGUGGACCGAGCAAAACGGGCCCGACGUGUACUUUGGCGGCGGCGCCGAGCAGUUUCUCCCCGGCGCGGGCUCCUACCAGGGCAAGGACUACUACGCCGAGUUCGCCAACAAGGGCUACACCGUCUCCACCAACAAGACCUCCCUCCUCGCCGUGGACCCCACGGAAAAGGCCCUCGGCAUCUUUUGCCAGGGCAACUUCCCCGUCUGGCUCGACCGCAACGUCUACGUCGAGAACCUCAAGGCCUUCAAGAACAACCCCGCCGGCGGCUCCGACCCGGCCCUCGACCUGCCCGGCCUGAAGGAGAUGACGGUCAAGGCCGUCGAGAUCCUGCACAACCGCGGCGGCGACAAGGGCUUCUUCCUCAUGUCCGAGGCGGCGUCCAUCGAUAAGCAGAUGCAUCAGCUCGACUACGACCGCGCCCUCGGCGACCUGCUCGAGUUCGACGACACCAUCAAGGCCACUAUUGAGAAGCUCGAGGAGCUCGGCGUGCUCGACGAGACCCUCAUCGUCGUCUCCGCCGACCACGGCCACGGCUUCGACGUGUUUGGCUCUGCCGAUACCCAGUACCUCGCCGCCCAGACCGAGGAGCGCAAGAAGCGCCGCGCCAUCGGCACCUACGCUAACUCGGGUCUCUCCCAGUACACCGAGGAGGUCCCCGGCAUCAGCUACAACACGGGCGCCAACUUCCCCGUCAACUGGACCCCGCGCUACGCCAUUGCCGCCGGCGUCGCCGCGGCCCCCGAUCGCCGCGAGGACUUCAAGAUCCGCGAGGGCGGAUCCCGCGUCCCGGCUUCCAGCGUCAACGGCGAGUACUUUAGCGUGGGCGUCCACUCUCUCACCGACGUGCCCGUCUUCGCUAUGGGUCCCUGCCAGAAUCUCUUUGGCGGCGUGUACAACAACGUCGACAUCUUUUACAAGAUGGCCGAGUGUCUUGGUCUCGGCCACGUCGGCAACGCCACGGAGGAGUGCACGGCCAAGCCUAAGAAGCAGAAGAGGACCCUUCGUCAUUAA